GCAGCACGUGCUUGCGCUUUUAAGCUCGGCAUUUUUUCCAAAGGAAGUUGAUUUAUUAUCUUUUGAGACACUGCAUUUCCAGGAAGCUGGUGUGCCACUGAGAAAAAAAAUCGUGUAGGCCGAUUGUUGAACGUAGUAGGUUAUAGCUGCUAAAUUCGAAAAGAUGUUGCAUUAGAGCAAAUCAAACUGAGACCUUUGAUCAUCUAUUCGGAUUACCAGAAAGCAUGAAAAACCGAAAAGUACGCGAGUUUGCUAAGCCGGAAGAGGAUCCGUUGGAGUCCAUCUCGAAUGGCAGCACCGAUGGGAACCAUGCCAACGCAAGCCCAACGGCAGCCGCUCCCUCAUCCCCGCCGGCGUUGCGUUCGCGUCCACCCUCCUUCCGAGUGGCCGGCCAGUCGUCCCCAGAGCUGGGGCCUGGUACCGAGCCGUCGUUUCUACAUGAGCCAGAGCUGCAAGGCCAGAACCACAAACAGCAGCAGCACGAGGGAGAAGAUCAGACGAAAGUCGAGGCGGAGCCCUCGAAGGUCGGUAAUCCGGACAGCAUUUUAAUCGGCGCCGCCGAAAAGCUUCUGAAGCAGCAUCUACAGUCGAAUCAGCAGCAACCUAUGGAUCAGGAGCAGCUAACUGAGGCCGAGGGCCAGGGAAACGCCGUCACUGCCGUCGCUGGCACAAGCGGUGGGUGUGAGGCAGGAGCCGAGGCCAAGGCCAACGCUGUGACUGGGAACUCGGCAGACACGGAGAAGAAGCGCUGUGACAAGUGCGGCAAGAAGCUCGGCCUGACCGGCGGAUUCCCCUGCCGUUGCGGCGGCACCUUUUGCACUUUCCACCGCUACAGUGACCGCCAUGAAUGCAAUUUCGACUACCGCAAGAUGGGCGCUAGCGAGAUUCGUCGCGACAAUCCCGUCAUUGUUGCCGACAAGCUUCGGAAGCUGUGAUCUUCUUGAAGCUGGACCACCGCCGGCCGGAACACCGAUCGACCGACCGACCGACAAUUCUGAUCCCUCUGAUGUUUAUAUUUUCUACACACCUCUACACGGAACUGUUCACGCCAAUUGCCUAUCACCUUGCAUAUAGCGGAGAAACAGGUAACAUGAAUCGGAUCAACUAGGAGCCGAGAACUGAAAGCAGAGAAGUCGAAGCCAACACCCAUAAUAUAAACUGCAAGCCAUAAGCUACAAGCCCUCAGCCAUCAGCCAACAGCCAUCAGCCGAAACCAAAAAACCAAAACUGCCUUACAUUCAACAAUAACCUAAACUACUAAAUAUAAUUAACAAAAUCGCACUAUUCACGAUAUAUCUAGUUGUGGAAGCAUCAAAAAUAUUCUAUAAAAGGCAGGCGGAUAAUAAAGAAUAAACUGCCAGAACAACAAAAAGUUAA